GGUCUUCCCAGGUCUGUCCGGGUCUGCUCGUCAUCUGCCCGUCAUCUGCCCUCUGGCAUCGGUCUGGCCACCACCGGCGUCGGUGUGUCUGUCGUAUCCGUCUACUGCUCGGCGGCUCUGCUUCUGGCGUUUCUUGUCCAUCGUCUGUGUCUCGUCGCUUUUCACCACCGGCUCCUGCCUCGGCUGUCGGUGCCUCGACCACGCUCGUCGUCGUUUGCCCAUCUCUCCGGACCUUUGGUCGGCGCAAGUCUCCUUACUUGCACCCGAAUCGCUCCUGUCUCGGCGACACUACCAUCCGUUCUUAUCAGAGCUGUUUGCUGUCGUUUUUCAGGGCCCUCUCUAUCUCUCUGCCGCUCUCCCGUCUCCUGUCUCCUCCAACCCUUCCUGAGGAAUGAUCGACCACGCAGAGCAGCCCGUCCCGCUCCCGUCGCAGCCCCAGAAUGAUCCAGCGGCGCAAUCUUCCUCGGCGCAUCGCAGCGAGCACCGGCCUCGCAAGGUCAUCGGGGCCUAUCGCCUCACAAAAACCCUUGGCCAAGGCAGCAUGGGCAAGGUCAAGCUCGCUGUACACUCCGAAACCGGCGCAAAGUAUGCGUGCAAGAUCGUGCCCCGUCCUCCUGGCGCCGUGCCCAUCCCCGAUACCACCUUUGUUGGGCCGACCCACUCCAUCCGCGAUCUCCUGGCGUUGUGUGGCAAGGAGUACGAGUCCAAAUCGGCGUCCAAGAGCUCAUCCAAAACCGAGGGCUACAAGGAGAUCCGCAUCAUCCGUGAGGCUGCCAUCAUGCUCCUCCUCGACCACCCUCACAUCUGUGCUCUCUACGACUUUAUCGUCUACGAUGGCUUCUACUACCUCUUCUUUGAGAACGUCAACGGCGGCCAGAUGCUGGACUACAUCAUUUCACAUGGAAAGCUGAAGGAAAAGCUCGCUCGGAAGUUCAUGACCCAGAUUGUGUCCGCCGUCGACUAUUGCCAUCAAAACUCGAUCGUCCAUCGAGAUCUCAAAAUCGAAAAUAUUCUGAUCGAUCGCUCAGGCAUGAUCAAGCUGAUUGACUUUGGCCUCUCGAACCUGUGGUCUCCGCAUGCGCACCUCUCGACCUUCUGCGGAAGUCUGUAUUUUGCGGCGCCCGAGCUGCUCAGUGCCAAGAUCUACGUUGGCCCCGAAGUCGACAUCUGGAGCAUGGGCGUCAUCCUCUAUGUCUUGGUCUGUGGAAAGGUGCCCUUUGACGACACCAGCAUGCCCGUGCUCCAUGCAAAGAUCAAGGCUGGCAACGUCGAGUAUCCCUCCCACCUUUCGAACGACUGCAAGCGCAUCAUCAGCCGAAUGCUUACGGUCAAUCCUGUGCAGCGAGCGACCAUGCAGGAAAUCAAGAACCACCCCUGGAUGACCAAGGGCAUGGACGAGAUCGUCAGCAACCUUAUCCCCGAUCGUCUGCCGCUCACCCCCCCAUUUGACAUGGAGGUGAUCAAGCGCAUGAAGGGAUUUGAAUUUGGAAGCGACCAAGAUGUCCACGACCAGCUCAUGCGGCUCCAUCAAGGCGAAGGCCUUCCGCUGACCCGAAAUCUGAUGGGGGGACGGUUCGCUGGUCCGGACUCGCCUCUCAUCAGCAUUUACCACCUCGUCGAGGAGCGCAUGGCCCGUGAGCGGGCCGGAAUUCCCCGUGGGCAGCUCCAGAGCGCCUACCCACAGCUUCGGAUCGAUACGCGUGUGCAGGACUCUGAGAGUCGGACCUUUGCCAUCCCGGGUGUUGUCAAACGCCAAGCCAGCACCGGCAACGUCCUGCGCGCUAGCACCACCUCCAAGAACCACCCGAACGUCGUUGUCAUGGAGGGUCGCACCAAGUCCAAUGCCACCCCGAUCCCCGGUCGGGGCGACAAGUCUGAGAUCCCCGAGCCCCCCUCUCCCCUGACCUCCCAAGGCAUGUCGAUCACCCACUCCAGCUCCUUUGGCAAUGCUGUCCGGCGCCUCAGUAUCGCCAUCAGAAGCAAGCCGCACAUUGCCACCGAGGAUGGCACAGAGCCGGCUGCCGCCCAGCUGGCAAAGUCGUGGCACCCUAAGCUCCAAACUCGAUCGACUUCGGAGCGGGUACUCAAGGAGGAUGGUGCCGAGAGCAUCGGCCAGGGCAACGCCUUCUCGGACUUUUGGCGGGCUGCCGUCAGCGGCGGGAAAAAAUCGAUUCAGGGUGGCCAGUCUGCUCAUCCUGCACCAAUUCAGACACAGCAACUCCAGACCGGCGAUCCCGGUCAUGGCGAGAGAGGCAUCUUUGACAUGGAGAUGCCCCCCGCCUCGGCCGCGCCGUUUGACCACCGUGCCCAGCGCCCAACAGCCAUCACCUUCACCGACAAAACCAACACCAUGACCUCGACCCGCACACAAGAUGAGGACGAUGGCUCCAAGGUCUAUCCCGACGUCCCGCCGGAACUCUCGGGCGCUGCAGACGAGGAGUACUCGUAUGGCAAGUUUGGCACUCUGCAGGGCCGCAAGGGCCGCGCCGACGACCACGUCACCACCAUCUCGCUCAAGGGGCUGUUCUCCGUCAUGAAUACCUCGACCAAGAGCCCCAAGGUCAUCCGCGAGUGCUUGCUCCAAGCCCUCAACCGCAUGGGCAUUAUUGUGCAAGAGUACUCUGGUGGCUUCGAGUGCGAGUAUCUGCCCUCGGUGACAGGGCUCUUUGAUGCCGCAGAUGGCCAGCCUGGCGGCGUGGCGGGCGCCGUCGAGGGCAGCGCCAGCAACACAUCCAAUGGCAACAGCAAUGCCGUUGGCAUCAGCACCACCACCGCCAGCGGCGCUGGUCCUCUCCAAGGCAAGUUUGCGCCCCUGACGUUCCUCAAGAACAAAAUCAAGGGAAGCGCCGGCAACAGCAUCUCGUUUGACGCCACGACCGGCCGCGACGCAGAUGAAACCCCUCCCGCCAGCGCAGGGCUGGUUGGAGAUAUCCUCCCGCCGAUCAAUCGCGAGCCAACCGAGCCGCGCCGGGGCCACGGCCGAUCUCUUUCGUCCUCCAACGAGAACAGCACAUUCCGCUCUGCUCGCAGUCCGCUCAACCAACUCGACUUCUCCGGUAGCGGCGGCAGCGUCGGUCUUGCGCAGGGCUCGUCCAGCACUAGCGCGGCAGCGGCCACGUCGAAUGUCCGACCGAUUCACUUUGAGGUCAUCAUCGUGAAGAUGAUGUGGGUCAAUCUGCACGGCGUGCAGUUCCGCAGAAUAUCGGGUGAUGCAUGGCUGUACAAGCGCGUCUGCACCAAGAUUCUGGACAAUGCCCACCUAUAGCCGACCAAGUGCCAUGCAGGCCAUGUACUAACGCUCGACCGCGCACCCCGUGGACUGUCUCGUAGCCGACAUCCUGUCUAUCCUUCAGACUCUUCUCUUUUGUUUCUCCUCGCUCGGCCAAAUGCA